AUGAGUCCCCCACCUCAGUCCCUCACCUCCAGUCCCCACCGCCAGCCCCCCACCUCCAGUCCAACCACCUCCAGUCCCCCACCUCAAGUCCCUCACCGCCAGUCCCCCACCGCCAGUCCCCCACCUCCAUCCCCCACCUCCAGUCCCACCACCGUCAGUCCCCGCACCUCCAGUCCCACCACCGUCAGUCCCCCCACCUCCAGUGCCCCCCUCGUCAGUCCCCCACCGUCAGUCCCCCACCUCCCCCCACCGUCAGUCCCCCCACCUCCAGUCCCCCACCGUCAGUCCCCCACCGUCAGUCCCCCCACCUCCAGUCCCCCCACCUACAGUCCCCCCACCUACAGUCCCCCACCUCAGUCCCCCACCUCCAGUCCCCCUCCGGCAGUCCCCCCCCGUCAGUCCCCCCACCUCCAGUCCCCCACCGCCAGUCCCCCCACCUACAGUCACCCCACCUCCCCCACCGUCAGUCCCCACCGUCAGUCCCCCACCUACAGUCCCCCACCUACAGUCCCCCACCUACAGUCCCCCACCUCCAGUGCCCCCACCGUCAGUCCCCCACCGUCAGUCCCCCACCUACAGUCCCCCACCUCCAGUGCCCCCACCGUCAGUCCCCCACCGUCAGUCCCCCCACCUCCAGUGCCCUCACCGUCAGUCCCCCCACCUCCAGUCCCCCACCAUCAGUCCCCCACCGUCAGUCCCCCCACCUCCAGUGCCCCCACCGUCAGUCCCUCACUGUCAGUCCCCCACCGCCAAAUCUGUUGGGACACUGUAGCUAAUGAAGCUCAGUACAUCUCUAGCAGCUGA